GUGACGCAGAGCCGAGCGGUGGUUUCCCAACCGGGAAGUCAUUUUGUGAGUGCCGGCACAGGCCGGGCCUAAGCCGCCCUCACCGGGGCCACCCCGCGCCCAGCUGGGCUGAGACCGGACACAGCUCAUCGCAGGGGUGGGCUGAGGGCGUGUGGGGGGCGUGGGACCCCCCCCAGAGCGGGGAAUUGGGGCGGCUGCAGCCCGUGGGACCCGCCGACAGAACCGCCUGGAGCCGGGAGAGCGGCCGGAGCCGGGAGAGCAGCCGGAGCCAGCGGCCGGAGCCCUUCGCUGGGCACGAGGACGUGAGGCCCCGUGCCCGCCGGCCGCUCCUGCCCACGCCGUGCCAGCCCCAGCGGGUGCCCCGAGGCGUCCCCAUGGAGUGACCCCGCGGGGGUCUCGGUGCCAGGGGGACCCUGGCUCCCACCACCAGCAUGAGCGACUUCUGGCACAAGCUGGGCUGCUGCGUCGUGGAGAAGCCCCAGCCCAAGAAGAGGAGGAGGAGGAUCGACCGCUCCAUGAUCGGGGAGCCCAUGAACUUCGUGCACCUGACACACAUCGGCUCCGGGGACAUGGCUGCGGGAGAGGGGCUGCCCAUGACCGGAGCCAUGCAGGAGAUGCGAUCCAAGGGCGGCCGGGAGCGACAGUGGAGCAACUCCCGGGUGUUGUAGCGUAUUCCUGGCGUUUUCAGCCCAAACUUGAACUGCCCCCGCCCCGCCGGAGGAGAGGCCGCCCUGGAGCGCUCGCGGUAUUUAUGCAGCACCAGCCUCGCCCAGCUCCCGCUGACUCCUGGCUGUCAUCCCCCUGGAAAAUCCCUCCUUCCCGGGGGCAUCGGGCCGGUGACACGGGGAGGGGGCGGGGACAGCAGCCCCCUCCUCCUGCCCCACCCAGAAAGGACCGUGCCAGGAGCUGCCAGGCUGCCAGGAGCUGCCAGGCGCAGCCCACGCGUGCCAAACCUCCCCGGGAUUCCCUCUGUCCACUCCGGCGUGUCCCGGGGGCUGCCUGGCGGUGCCUCAGUUUCCCCAGGGAAUGGGUAUGGAGGCAGCUUUGGUGCCUCCUGGAAUGGCACAGAGGAGCAAAACCGGGAUUAACCCGCGACGUUCUGGUGCCAAACCGGGGUCAAACCCGAGAUGUUCUGGUGCAAAACCAGGAUAUGGUGUAAAACGGGGAUCAAACCCUGGUGCUUCAGUGCAGAGCAGGGACUAAACCCCAGUGCUUUGGAGCAAAACCAGGAUUAAGCCCCGAUGCUUUGGGAUUAAACCCCGAUGCUUUGGUGCCAAACCAGGAUCAAACCCCAACGCUCCGGUGCCUCCCCCGGCAUUCCCACCACUGCCAAACUCCCCCCUUUUUUUAGGAUAUGUUCUUUUUUUUAAGCUCCAAAACCCACCUGAGCAGCCUCUGGUGGGGUCCCCUCCACCCAGGACUGUCACCUGCAGAGGCAGGACAGGGCCCGACCCCAGGAGGCUCCCGAAUUCAGGCGCGGGUGUACAUAGUUUAAUUAGCGCCAUUUAAUUAGGAUUAAAUGUUAAAACAGCCUGUGCUGGGUGACAGAGCCUUUCCCCUUCCCUGGGCUCCACUGGGAUGCUCCGGGCAGAGCUGGGCUUGUCUAGUCCUGCUUCGUGUUUGUAGUGGGGGGAUUGCAGCCCAGGGAGAGGGGCUUCACCCCCUGGAGCGGGCGGGGGGCACCCCUGGCAUCAGUGGGGCAGCACCAGACCUGGCCCAGAAUAAAAGCCAAGAGCCCAAA